AUGGAGCUGCCGCCUCCCCGCCGGACCGGCGCUCCUGGGAGGGUUGAGGAUGUUGAUGCUUCUGAGAAAAGUGUAAAUGAAGAAAAUGGGGAAGUAUCAGAGGCAGACCAACCUCAGAACAAGCACAGCCGACACAAAAAAAAGAAACACAAACACCGAAGUAAACACAAGAAACAUAAACAUUCUUCAGAAGAUGAUAAGGACAAAAAACAUAAACACAGACACAAACAUAAGAAACAUAAACGGAAAGAGGUAGCUGAUACCUCUGACAAGGAAGAUGGACCAGCUAAAAGAACUAAAAUUGAUUUUUUAGCUCCUCUGGAAGACUUGGAGAAACAAAGAGCAUUAUUGAAAGCUGAACUUGAAAAUGAAUUAAUGGAAGGAAAAGUCCAGUCCGGGAUGGGAUUAAUAUUACAAGGUUAUGAAUCAGGAUCUGAAGAAGAGGGAGAGAUUAAUGAAAAGGUGCGAAAUGGAACAAAACCUACAGCUAAGUCAAACACUAAGGGGAAAUUAGAACCCGUGGACAAUAAAACUAGUUCCAAGAAAGGAAGUAAGAGUGAAUCAAAGGAAAGGACUAGGCACAGAUCUGACAAAAAAAAAGGCAAGGCAGCAGUUGAUGGAAUCAAAGAGAAGACAACUAGAAGCAAGUCAAAAGAGAGGAGGAAAUCUAAAAGCCCUUAUAAGAGAAGUAAGUCUCAAGAUCAGACAAGGAAAUCUAGGUCUCCAAUGCUUAAAAGGCGAUCUCAGGAAAAAAACAGAAAGUCUAAAUCUCCCCCAGAGGAUAGAAAUAAAGCUGAUGAUAAAAGUAAAUCAAGAGAUCGCAGAAAGUCUCCAGUUGUAAAUGAAAACAAAAGCAGAGAUCGUGGCAGAAAAUCUAAAUCUCCAACAGAACUCAGAAGCAAAUCCAAAGACAGAAGAUCACGGUCCAAAGAUAGAAAACCUAGGAGGUCAGAGACUGAAAAAGAAAAAAAGCCAAUUAAAUCUCCUUCUAAAGAUGCUUCUUCAGGGAAAGAAAACAGGUCCCCUAGAAGACCUGGCCGUAGCCCAAAAGGAAGAAGCUUAUCUCCCAAACAACGUGAAAAGUCAAGAAGAAGCAGAUCCCCUCUCUUUAAUGAUCGUAGAUCUAAACAGAGUAAAUCCCCCUCUCGAACCCGAUCUCCAGUUAGAAGAGUGAGGAGUAGGUCUGCAGAAAGGAAAAGAAGAGAAUCAGAAAGGAGACGUCUUUCUUCUCCCAGAACACGAAACAGAGAUGAUAUUUUGUCUAGACGUGAAAGAUCAAAAGAUGUUAGCCCACCCAGUAGAUGGUCCCCAUCCAGAAGAAGGUCUCGGUCCCCCAUUAGAAGGAGGUCUCGUUCACCCCUUCGACGUAGCCGAUCUCCGAGAAGGCGGAGUAGGUCCCCUCGGAGGAGGGAUAGAGGCCGAAGAAGUAGGUCUCGCCUUCGAAGGAGGUCCAGGUCACGUGGUGCCCAUAGACGUAGGAGCAGAAGCAAAGUUAAAGAAGACAAAUUUAAAGGUAGUCUCUCUGAGGGCAUGAAAGCUGAACAGGAGUCUUCAUCGGAUGAAAAUCUUGAAGACUUUGAUUUGGAAGAAGAGGAUGAAGAAGCAGAGAUAAGACAAAGAAGAUUACAGCGGCAAGCAAUAGUUCAGAAAUACAAAGGCCAGACAGAAGACAGUAAUAUAUCUGUACCAUCUGAACCAAGCAGUCCUCAAAGUAGUACGCGUAGUCGUUCAAAUUCGCCAGAUGACAUUCUAGAAAGAGUAGCUGCUGAUGUUAAGGAGUAUGAACGGGAGAACGUGGACACAUUUGAGGCAUCGGUAAAAGCCAAGCACAACCUCAUGACGGUUGAACAGAACAAUGGUUCAGCUCAGAAGAAGCUGCUAGCUCCUGAUAUGUUCACUGAAUCGGAUGAUAUGUUUGCUGCAUACUUUGAUAGCGCUCGUCUAAGGGCUGCUGGGUUUGGGAAAGACUUCAAAGAAAACCCCAAUCUCAGGGAUAACUGGACUGAUGCUGAAGGCUAUUACCGUGUUAAUAUAGGUGAAGUUCUAGAUAAACGUUACAAUGUCUAUGGUUACACUGGUCAGGGAGUCUUCAGUAACGUAGUACGAGCCAGGGACAUGGCAAGAGCAAACCAAGAAGUAGCUGUUAAAAUCAUCAGGAACAAUGAACUUAUGCAAAAAACUGGCCUAAAAGAACUGGAAUUUUUAAAGAAACUCAACGAUGCAGACCCUGAUGAUAAGUUUCAUUGUCUACGGUUGUUCAGGCAUUUCUACCACAAACAACAUCUCUGUCUGGUAUUUGAGCCACUCAGUAUGAAUUUACGAGAGGUGCUGAAAAAGUAUGGGAAAGAUGUUGGACUCCAUAUUAAAGCUGUGCGUUCCUACAGCCAGCAGUUGUUCCUGGCUUUAAAGCUUCUUAAAAGAUGCAAUAUCCUACAUGCAGAUAUUAAACCAGAUAAUAUUUUGGUGAAUGAGUCUAAAACGAUAUUAAAGCUUUGCGAUUUUGGAUCAGCUUCGCAUGUUGCAGAUAAUGACAUCACACCAUAUCUAGUUAGUAGAUUUUAUCGAGCUCCAGAAAUCAUUAUAGGAAAAAUCUAUGACUAUGGAAUAGAUAUGUGGUCUGUAGGCUGCACGUUAUAUGAACUUUAUACAGGAAAAAUACUCUUUCCUGGCAAAACCAAUAACCAUAUGUUGAAACUAGCCAUGGAUCUCAAAGGAAAGAUGCCAAACAAGAUGAUUCGAAAAGGUGUUUUCAAAGAUCAGCACUUUGAUCAAAAUCUCAACUUUAUGUAUAUAGAAGUAGAUAAAGUGACAGAAAGGGAGAAAGUUACUGUUAUGAGCACCAUUAAUCCAACCAAGGACCUGUUAGCAGACUUGAUUGGUUGCCAGCGACUCCCUGAAGACCAGCGUAAAAAAGUACACCAGCUAAAGGACUUGUUGGACCAGAUCCUAAUGUUAGACCCAGCUAAACGGAUUAGCAUCAACCAGGCUCUGCAGCACGCCUUCAUCCAGGAAAAAAUUUAAACCAGUUGAAGAAGUUUAAAGGGUUUGAGUAAUUAAGAUACAAAGACUGAAGAAAUUUCACAGCAGUUAUUAAUGUAUAUAAGCAUAAAUAUUUCCCCUGCAAAGUUGAGGAAGAAAUGAUACAUUUGAAUUAACAUCAAGGCUGAUAUUUCUUUUAGAAAUGUUAGAGUAAUUUUGUUUUGUGUCUUAUGUGAAAAUUUUCACUGUAGAACUGUUUUAAUUGCCAAGACUGCACAGAAGUACAAUGCUAAUGUAUAUGGUUGCAGUUCGUAUAUAUUAUAAAAAGAAAAAAGCAUCUGUUAUAAAAAAAAA